GAUGAAGGGGCGGUAAAGGGUAAAGAGUCCGAGAGCCAUUCUGCUUCGUCUGGAAUCACUCUGACGCCACGGCCUGGUCUUGAAGUUUAUGGAUACCCAACCGACUGGAACCGGGAAGAGCCUUCUCUGGCAAGAUGACCGAGACGAGGGAGAGGAGUUUCCUGGAUCUCCGCAUGACCUACUUGAUUCUUUCAGCUUGGGGAUCAAGACCAGAGUAUGCGCCUGGAAUCGCUGACCUAGGACUUCCAUAUCCCCGAGCACAGAUCAUCAAGUUGACACUUUGCUACCAGUUCCGUCAAGACACGACAGGUCGCCUUAAGAGGAGACAACACAGGUGCUUGGGUCAGAAGUGACCACUCGGCAACUAUGAUCAAGUCCAACCGGACAUCGAAACAAUAGCCCUUUGGUUUCCAUUGCUACCAUCUUUCAGGCUUCUGCUGACCAUAAUUUUGUCGUUGUAUCGUAACGAUUCAAGUCUAAGUCCUUCCUCCGAGAAUUGACCGACCUGUACCCAGCGGGCAGCUCAUUUCUGCUUGACUUGUCAAAGGGGCCAAACAGUUUUGGCUUUGGCAGUCAAGCUAUUCAGCUGUUGAUAAGCCAAAACCUAGACUCGAUCCCAGAGACCGACUCGGCGGCGAACGAUUAUACAAUGGAACAAAGGGGAAGAAAGAAACAGUGUUUCUGACACGAUCUGAUAAAUACAACACUGCUUAGUUGCAGUGUCCUUGCUGGGUUGUAGCUUGUGUUAUUUCCAGUCGGAUAUUAGCUGGAAAGACAUGGGGCUAUACUCCGUAACCAAUACCAGACUUUGGUUGACGCUCUCCUGUAUUGAGUGACGCACCCAGAGUCACUGCAUUUCGACUGUUCGGAAUCCUCUCCUGUUGACUGUAUCCACACAGCUUUGAAGAAAAGUCAGAUGAAUUGGUCGUGGUUGUCAGCUCGCUGUCUUGGUCUGGUUUAGACAUUGUAUGCUUGCAGACAAGAGUCCCGAGCUGCAUUCUGCCAUUAGCUUGUGGAGAUCAUACCUUGGGGGGACCAAUGUAAUUACUAAGUUGUUACUGCAUAUGUUCACAGUUGAAGCUGGUCAACGACAAGACGGUAUCAAAAGUCUCGGCGACUUUGCUAUUGAUACAAGUUAUGCAACAACACUUUGAUAAGCACGGACCCCAUACUUGCUGCUGGCCCUUCUUCUCGGCAGUUCUAUCACUGCUUAUAUGGUUCAUCAAUGGGCUUUGAUGCUAGUUGUUGCUUUACAAUUUGCAAAUUCUGAUCGAGACAAGCGACCGAUACGCACCUCCAGCAGGACUGGUCAUUGUAUCCCACAAGUCGUUGAAUGCUCUACUGUCUAUCAUGUGUGGCAAGCUUUUGUCGGCCCAAAACCUCUAUGUCUUCGUUUGAUUCUUCUGGCUCGUUCCUUGCUCCUUGCCCGUCAGCCAAAUUCCCUACAGGGCCUCAGAUCAACCAUUUGGUACCCUGUAACUUGUUUUCAUCGGCUCAUCGCGUCGGUUGCUGAUACUCGACCUUGGAGCUUACCUUUCUUUCGAUCCAUUGCCCAUGUCUACAGCCAUUCUGGUUUCCACUUUCUUACGUUUCGCUUGGGCGACACUCGUCGCCUUAAGAGGACUAAUGCGGCCGGGCCGGAGACCCGAAAACACAACAGCACGCUCCACACUGUGUGAGGGGGAAACAAGACGCCUGGCCCUUUUCUCUUCAAUCAGAAACCGGUCAGAGUCUGUCUUUUUUCGAAUGAGGUUGGUGGGCAAGUAGCGUUGAGUGAUUUUCGUAUCUAGACCCAUGAGGCAUCGCGACAUGUCAUGAUGGGGUUUGUUGGCUGAAGAGAAGGGACGGGAAGGCCCGCGCGGGUAAAGAAGGGAUGGAACCAACAUAUAACAGGGGGUGGCUUUUAGGGCGUCAUGCAAGAUGAGAUGGGGCCAGGGUGCACUUAACUUUGGCUCUAGAGAGACCGUCUAUGGGCUUGGUGUUGCGAUUACACCGUCGUCAAGAUCGAGACCGAAGGUGAAUGGACCUAUUGGGCGUAUCCCUCAAGUUCCCGCAUCAAUGCAAGCUAAAGUGGUUGUCGCUCUGGCUUCGGGUUUGGCCGCCCAGCCUCCCCGUGGUUGGGCUGCAUACGAUGGGCCCGAGAGGACCCUCAAAAUAG